AUGAAAAGAACUCGACGCAAUGGUCAGCUACCGUCAUGUGAACCAUGUCGCAAGUCCAAACUUCGAUGUGACCAUGAAAGUCCAGUCUGUGGACGAUGCAUAAGGAAUAAGCGGGAUCAGCUCUGUGUCUAUCACCCAGCGCCAUUAACACAGGCUACUAAACCACGCCCACAUUCACGGACACAGAGCAGGCGUCACACAGGGCAGUCAACAAAGAUCCUGUCAUUCGAUACGGAUAAUGACUGGGGACGGAAGAAAACGGCGUCUACUGGCUUACUAGGCCAUAAUAAGUACUCAGACUUUUUCAAUGGCGAUGUACUAGAAGGCACUUCUACAGACUCAGUAGUGGUAGAUGAGCAGCAGAUCCGCCUCGGAGCACGAAUACUAUCGCUCCUGGAACAUCUGCCCUCGUUCCGGGUGGCUAUAGAAGCAGAAUGCAAAGGCUCAUCAAGCUGGAUCAAGUGCCCCCAAUUUCUGGAUACGCUUUUGGGUUUGAGCGAGACAUCAUGGGAGAACAUCCAGCGCGAAGAGGGCGACGAGGAGCAGCGCAUGCUUAAGGCAUCUAAACGACUCUUUGAGAAGCAAAAUUGCCCGAUAGACAUCCAUACUGAUAUGACAUGGGAUGAGUUUGCGGCUGCUUCCUCUGGAAGAUGGGAAUGGAUCGGUCUAUUGUUUCAAUUUGUUGGAUUGGCGGGUGAAUACCUACCAAAGGACAGUGCCCUGUACAAGGAAUACGACGGCGUUAAUGGUAAAAAUUUUGCACUUACCGUUAUGACAGUCGGAGACAUUUGCAUCGAAUUCUGCCAGAAAGCUGCGGUGAUAAACGAUUUUGUCUGUUUACUGAUUUGCUACAACAUGGCUCUUCUAUCGGUAAUAUAUGGAGAUACUGGUGAGUCUAGCCUGUCGAACGCGGAAAUUGGUUCUAAUCAAUGGCUGUUCAGACUAUCGUGUUUGGCGCAAGUUGAGUGA